AUGAGGAUACUGCCAUGGAUCUCCUACUUCAUAUGUUUCAUUGGUCAACAUGCCACCUGGAGUUUUGGAGCAGACAAGUUGAAGAGUAGAGAUUUGCUCCUGUCAUCUCAACAGAGGAGCCAGAUGCUUGCAACUCUUGCUGCUUCUAAACCAUUGGACUUUGAGAAGGUGAACUCAGGAUUGAAAUGUGGAGUCCGUUCUCUAGACCUCGAGGACCAGGAGGAUAAUUGGCAACCUGGGAUUUUUUCAAGAAUUAUUGGAGGUCAAAUAUCUGUGCCUGGUGGUCAACCAUGGCAGGUAUCUAUCAAGAUGGGGCGAUCCCACUUCUGUGGGGGCAGUUUGAUCCAGGACAAUAUAGUGGUUACUGCAGCUCACUGUAUUGUGGAUAUUGACAUGAAACUCAUAAAAAAUCUGUUUGUGACUGUUGGGGAAUACAGUCUCAGAAGCAUGGAUGAAGAAGAACAGAACAUCCAAGUCUCAAAAAUCAUCCCUCAUCCUUCCUUCAACAGAUUUGGAAACAUGGAUUCGGAUAUUGCAUUGCUCUUUCUCAAAGACAGAGUGAGAUAUGGAAAUGAAGUACAGCCAAUCUGUCUUCCACACAAUGGAGAUCUGUUUGAAUCUGGGACUCUUUGUGUUGUGAGUGGAUGGGGCAAAGUCAAGGAAGAUGGUGUUCUGUCAGAUGUCCUACAGGAAGUUGAACUGCCCAUCAUUGACAGCAAGACCUGCAGUGAAUUGUUAGAAACAUUGAACUUGCCUCCAAUACGGAGCAACAUGUUAUGCGCUGGUUUUCCAGAUGGUGGAAAAGAUGCAUGCCAGGGGGAUUCUGGAGGUCCCCUGGCAUGUAGAAGAGCCAGUGGCAUCUGGACUCUGGUAGGCAUCACAUCUUGGGGCAUUGGUUGUGGAAAGGCCUGGCAGGCAAUCAAGAGCCCCAACAGUAGGAGGGGUUCUCCAGGUAUCUUCUCUAAAGUAGAUGAGUUUUUGGAUUUUAUUGUCCAGAACAUUAUGCCUGUGCCUAAGGCAACCUCUCUGACGCCACACAAUCCAGAAAAUUGCAAUCCUCGUGGAGUGUCAGUUUUUGGAGAAAGUGGCCACAUUUGGCACCCUCAGCUAACUGAGGAGGAUUACCUUGAUAACAGCCUCUGUAUCUGGAAUAUAUCUGUGCCAGAGGACAGCAUCAUACUUGUGCAGUUCAUCAGAGUAGACAUAGAAUAUCAGAUUGAGUGCGACCAUGACUCUGUGACGGUUUGCUCAAGCAAGGAGUUAAUUGGUAAAAUCUGUGGCAGUGUGCUGCCUUCUCCUCUUCUGGUAGAGUCGAACCAAGCAAUCAUCACUUUUGUGUCUGACAACAGCAAUGCUGGUGCAGGCUUUGAGUUCACCUUCACUGCUGUUCAUAAAGCAUCUGAGGCAGGUUCUGGCUGUGGCAGUGUAGCCAUUUUGAGAGAAGAAGGAAAGUUUGAUACGGCUAAUUAUCCUGGCUUAUAUCCCAGUAGUACCAAAUGCCAUUGGCUCAUUGAAGCCCCAAUGGAACAUGUCAUCAAGUUGGAGUUUGAAGACUUUGCCAUUGAAACCAGCCAGGACUGUAUUUAUGAUGCUGUUGCUAUCUAUGAUGACCAAGAAGAGGAACAUCAAAUAGCUCUUCUUUGUGGUUUCUCAAUUCCUUCCCCAGUUUGGAGCACUGGAAGCGUGAUGCUCAUCUACUUUGAGAGUGAUGAGGAGAAUAACUUCAGGGGAUUCAAGGCCAAAUUUGUGUUUUUCCCCUCAGAAACAACUAAAACCAAACUUGCAAGACAUUUUGCCAUGCGGGCAAUUGAUCCAAAGACUAUCCCUCUUGAUGUUUGUGGUUCUCCCCCUUUUGCUCCUCAGUGGCUGUCUGCGCAUAUUACUGGGGGAGAAGAAGCUUGUCCCCAUUGUUGGCCAUGGCAUGUAGGUUUGCACUUUCUGGGUGACUACCAGUGUGGGGCUGUCAUCAUUGGCUCUGAAUGGGUACUCACAGCAGCUCACUGUGUUCAAAUAUCAAAAGAGAUCUCACAUUGGACUGUUGUUGCUGGAGAAUAUGACAGAAUUCGGAAGGAACCAAAUGAGCAGGUUAGAAGAGUAAAAGCCAUUAUAAUGCAUGAAGAUUUCAAUGACACAAGCUACAAUUCGGAUAUAGCACUGAUCCACAUAGAAGCUCCUCUUUCCUACAAUGUUGUGGUGAGGCCGGUAUGCUUGCCCAACUCCACUGAACCUUUGCCUUCCUCCCUGCUUUGCAUUGCAACUAGCUGGGGGAGGACCCAAGACGGUGGGGGCCUUGCCAGUCGCUUACAGCAAGCUCAAGUACCCAUUCUCAAUAAUGACAUCUGUGAGCAAAACUAUUAUGCUAACCACUCUGGAGGAAUUACAUCCAGAAUGCUUUGUGCUGGUUUUGCAUCAUCUGAAGGUCAAGAUGCUUGUCAAGGCGAUGCAGGUGGCCCAUUGGUUUGCCAAAAUGAAGAGGAGCCAUUUAUACUCCAUGGCAUUGCCAGUUGGGGUGUUGGCUGCCCCAAGUCAAAGAGACCAGGUGUUUAUGCAAGGGUGAGUUUCUUCUUGGACUGGAUCAUGGCCAGAAUGAAAGAGAAGGGAUCAGUGGAGAUCCAAAUAAAUAACACUGGAUAUGAAGCCUCAGCACCGUUACCAGAGGUACCUGCGAACCUAAUGGGAGUUAAUGGACGAGGUCACAAGAUAGCCAAUGGCAUGAAUUAUGCUGAUGAAGUCAACCAGCAGCUUAUCUACUGCAGAGAUGUCGUCCUGACAUCUCAGGAAGGAAUCAUUCAUUCUCGAGGGUUUCCUUAUAGCUAUUCCAACACCUUUGGUUGUCACUGGAGAAUUGUUGCUCCAUUAAAUGUCACUGUUCAGUUGGAUUUCAUGGACUUUGUGAUUGAAAAAUCUUAUUCUAAAUGUCAUGGAGGGCUUACAAUAUAUGAAGGAUUUGGAUCUGCAAAAGACGUUCUUGGUGAGAUGUUUUCUAAUAAAAGAUGUGCAGUUUUGGAUCUGAUCCCCUUAGGAGUGGCUGAAAUUGUAUCUCCAAAUUACCCAAAUAUUUACCCAGAUUUAGUCAGCUGCACUUGGACUGUCUACUCUGCUUCAGGAAACAAGCUGAAAGGUGUGGUCAGAGAUCUUGAAAUGGAAGACUCCAGAAACUGUAUUUGGGACUCUCUGAGUGUUUAUGAUGGGCCAGAUCAACAUUCGGAAUUGCUUGGAAGAUUUUGUGGCCGAAAAGGGCGCUUCAGACUCUUUUCAAGUGGAAGCUACUUCACAGUCUGUUUCAAAAUUGAUGGCUCAAUUGGAGCCAAGGGCUUCAAGGCUGUUUUUGAAGAAGUGGAUCAUGGACCAGCAUUACAAAGCAAGAAUGGAUUAGAACUCCAGAAUCCAUGUAAUUGAAACUGAAAGGAGAAUUCUGGAAAACCACUAUUGUGCAAGAAUGAUGGGUAUUAUACAGUGGCUGGUGUUAGGUACUGAGAAAGCGACAACUGUGAUCCAUAAUUGCCAACAGUCUACACAUGGAUUUCUGUUAACAGGAGUUGGGUUUCAUUGGUCACAAAUGGAAAAUUGUGAAAAGACUAGUCCUUAAUCCAUUAACUUUUCCCCAUUUAAGGCAGAGGACAUGUACUUCCCAAGCUUGUUCUUUCUUCCUUUAAUGUGACAAAACACUGCCACAGGUUGUCUUU